AUGGCCGAGCUCAUGGCCGAGGCGGCCGGCUCAGGCGCCCUGGCUGGCGGCAAGGCACCGGGCCUGUACAGUGUCCCAUCGUCGCCUCGCGUGUCCACGUUCGAUGAUGCGCGGGGAAGCAGCGCGCAGUCGCACAUCGUCACGCCGAACAAGAGCUCGCUCUCGGACCACGGGCGCAGCGCGCCGCUUGAGCCCACGCGCCAAAGCCCGCCGACCGUGGCGCCCCACGAGACGCAUGCGCCGCCCGUGAGCAUCAUCUCGGAUAUGGCGGCCAAGUCGUCCGCCGCCACGCCCGUGCACCAGGACCCGAGCCCGUUCGCGAUGGGCCACCGCACGCCAGUGGGCCUGCCGGGGCGGCCUGCGGCGCACAUGACGCGGGGAAGUAGCAUGCCGAAUGCUCCUGGCGGCGCCGCGCCCGGCACGACGCUGGGCCCGGCCCUGUCGCCCUCGGCGGGCCAGGGGCCCGCGGUGCCCGGUGCGCGACUUGCGGCGCGUGUGCAGCCCCGGAGCGGUCCUCCCGCCCCUGCCGAUGCUGCACCGAGCGGCACACGCAAGGAGCGGCCGACGAGCCUCGAUAUGCGGCGCCUGUCGCGCGAGGAGGAGCGGCGCAGCGGCUCGGCGCAUCGCUUCCACAUUACGCGGCGGACGAGCAAGAUGAUACGGACGAGCAGCUACACGGAAGAGGACAAGGUGCCGUUCGAGUUUCCGCCGAACCCGGGCGCGAACUACGGCCUGAUCAAUGCGGUGAGCAGCACCAGCGACGUGGACCAAGACGCAGUGGUCUACGUGGGCACGCUGGGCGUCGAGAUGAACGGGAUCACGGCGAGCUUGCGUGCGCAGAUUGAGGCGUCGCUGUCUGCGGCGCACAACGAGGUGCCCGUCUGGGUGCAGGACGAGGCCUACGUGAAGAGCUACCACCACUACUGCAAGCAGAUUCUCUGGCCCACGUUCCACUACACGCUGCCCACGACGCAGAGCCUCGAAGAGGAGCCGAAGGCCUUCCGCGCGUACCUGGAGGUGAACCGGCGCUUCGCUGAGCGCCUCGCAAGCGAGUUCCGCGAGGGCGAUGUGAUCUUGGUGCAGGACUACCACCUGCUGCUCGUCCCGCAGCUGCUGCGCGAGCUUCUGCCGCGCGCACCGAUCGGCCUCUUUGUGCAUGUCGCGUUCCCCUCGAGCGAGAUUUUCCGGUGCCUGAGCCGGCGCGAGGAGCUCCUGCGGGGCAUGCUCGGCGCGGACCUCCUGGGCUUUCAGACGCACAACUUUUGCCGCCACUUCCGACAAACGGUCGGGCGGAUCCUGCAAGAGGAGACGACCGCCCGGGGCGUGCAGCUCGCGCGCUCGUUCGUCACCGUCGCACCGUUCCCAAUCGGGAUCGAUGUGCACGCCCUGAAUCGCCGGCGGAGCGACCCCGAGGUGCACGAGUGGGUCGGUCGACUGCAGGAACGCUUUGCCGGUAAGCACGUGAUUGUGGGGCGCGACAAGCUCGACUGGAUCAAGGGCGUGCGCGAGAAGCUGAUUGCGUUUGAGCUGUUCCUCGACACGCACCCCGAGUGGGUCGGGCGCGUGGUGCUGGUGCAGGUGGCGCUCGCCACGGUGCAGGACAACCGCGAAGUGGGCGACGUGAGCGAUAUUGUGUCGCGCAUCAACCGCAAGCACAGCUCGCUGACGUACCAGCCGGUGGUCUUCCUGCACGUGCAGGAGAUCACCUUCAGCCAGUACCUGGCGCUGCUCACGAUGGCCGACGCAUUCAUGGCGACGUCGCUACGUGAGGGCAUGAACCUGACGACGCACGAGUAUGUCGUGGCGCAGGAGCAGCGCAAGCGCCCGCUGAUCCUCUCGGAGUUCACUGGGACGUACUCGGCGCUGCGGGCGUGCAUCGGCGUGAACCCGUUCAACACGUGCCAGGUCGCCAAGGCGAUCCACCGCGCGCUCACGAUGGACGAGGACGAGAUGGCGCAGCGCUGGUACGACUUGCACCGCACGGUCGUCACGCAGACCGCGCAGCACUGGGUGACCGCCGUGCUCAGCCAGCUGGAGCGCGCGCACCUGAGCCAGCCGCACGGCAAUACGAUGUUCACGCCGCGCCUCGAGAUUGCGCAGCUGCAGUCCGAGUGGCGCGCCGCCAAGUCGCGGCUCGUGCUCCUCGACCUCGAGCGCACGCUGAUGAGCGAGCCGAUCCAGGGCCGGGUGCGCAGCGUCGAUCCGCCGCCCGCGCUCGUGCGCGCGCUGCGUGGCCUCGUCAAGGACGAGCGCACGUACGUGUACCUGAUGAGCAGCAAGAGCAUGGCGGACCUCGAGGCGCUUUCCCGCGCGGUGCCCGAGGCUGGCCUGAUCGCCGAGGACGGCUGCUACGUGCGCCAUUGCGUGUGCGGCGGUCCGCUCGCGUGGACGUCGCUGGUGGAUGGCUUUGACGCGCAGUGGCGGCAGCCCGUCCGCGAGAUUCUCGACUACUUCACCGAGCGUACGCCCGGCUCGUGGAUCGAGGAGCGCGAUACGGCGAUUGCGUGGUACUUUGGCAGCGACUCUGCCUCGCCUACGGACCUAUCGUGGGCGCAGCGGCAGUCGAGCGAGGUGCAGUCCCUCAUCAGCGACUCGCUCGGUGAGCGAUUCGCGCUGCGCAUCCUCCGCCGGCAGUCGCACUUUGUCAUUAUGCCCAAGAACGUCAGUCGCAUGUCGGCCGUGCAGUACGUGCUGGCGCUCGACAUCAUGGGCUCGCUGCCCAAGCGCUGCCACGGUAUCAAGGGCAUGUUUGAGUUUGUGCUGCACAUCGGCCGCGACGAGAAGCUGAUUGCGCACCUGAAUGGGCUCGACCUGCCAUUUGCGCCCCGCACCUGCACCACCGAGGCGGCCGAUACGAUCGCAGGCUCGAUCGCUUCGUGCCAGCUCACGGCCGGCGACGAAGUGCUGGCCGCCCUCGAGGAGAUCGUCGAUGUGCACCUGCGCGAUCUCCGGUGGGGCGGACCUGUGAUGCUCGAUGUAUAG